AUGGAGUCUGUUCGACAAGACAUCCCUGACUAUGAUGUGGUGCCUGGUACAGUGUACCUAGUGCAAGGUGCACACCAGAAUGGCUUCUCGUCCAAAGACAUCAUCUUGAUGCCUACACCUUCGAGCGACCCUCGAGAUCCUCUCCGUUGGUCCAAAUGGCGAAAGUCAUAUCACCUUUUCCUCCUGGUGUUCUACAGCGCGACUCUUGGAGCCAUCACCAACGGCGACUCUGUCGUUUACCUCAAUCUGUUGCAGAUCUACCACACCGGCAUCAACCAACUGAACUAUGCAGGCGCCGUCAUGUUGCUGCUACUCGGAGUCGGAAACGUCUUCUUCGUGCCAUUGUCAAACAAAUUCGGUCGACGGUCCGUAUACAUCUGGACGCUCCUUCUGGUUUUUGUGUCCGAGAUCUGGAUGGCGGUCUCGAAACAAUACGGCGAAUACUGGGCGGUCAACAUCCUCAGAGGACUUGGAUCGGCUCCUUUCGAGGCAUUGCCUGCCAUCUCGAUUGCAGACAUCUACUUCGCCCAUGAGCGUGGUGGUAAGCUGGGUGCCUAUGUCUUCGGCUUGGCCUUUGGCAGCUUUGUCGGUCCAGUGUGUGGUGGCUACAUGGUCGUUGGACAGUCCGUUCGCUGGAUGUAUUACUGGGGGGUGAUAGUGAUUGGAUUCUUGCUGGUGCUGUUUUACUUCACUCUGGAAGAGACUCACUUCAUCCGGCCUUUGGAUGCCCACGAUGAAGCUCUGGUUAGCACUGCCGACAUGCCCGAACUUGACAAGACGUUGACAAACAAGUCCAUGGCCAAAGAGGCCGACAGCCAGAGCACACACCAGCAUGCCGAAGCCAUCGUCGGAGAAGUCUUCGAUGCAGAAGGGUUCAGGGUCCAGUACAGUCUGUGGAAGACAUACCCCACUACUUGGACUGCCGUAUUCACCGAGUGGUGGAUGCCACUGAAGUGUUGCAGUCUUCCAGCAGUCGUCUGGUGUGGCAUCAACUACGGCACAUGUGUCAGCUGGCUGGCAGUCAUGGGUACGACCGUCGCUCUGAUCUUCGCACCACCGCCAUACCUGUUCUCAAACAGUGCUAUAGGACUGGUGUGGUUCGCACCACUCAUCGGGUCUUUGAUCGGCGCAUACUUCUCGGGUCCAUUGAAUGAUCGCCUCACAGUAUACCUCAGCAACCGCAAUCGAGGCUGGAGAGAGCCUGAAUACCGUCUUUGGGCUUUCAUCCCAAGUGCGUUCAUCAUGCCCGGAGGCUUGAUCAUGUAUGGCGCCACUGCCGCUCAUGGACUGCCUUGGAUCGCACCUGUUGUCGGUAUGGGUCUCGUGGGCUUUGGCCUCAGUGUCGGCGGCACAGUAACCAUGAGUUACAUCCUCGACUCGUACAAGGAGAUUGACACGCAGGUCGUGACCACCAUCAUUCUCAUCAGAAACAUCAUCGGGUUUGGCAUUUCCUUUGGCAUUCAAUCGUGGAUCCAAGGCAUGGGGUUGCAGAACACUUUUGUGUUUGUGGGUUGCUUGAGCUUUGCGAUCACCGUGUUUGCACUCUUCUUCAUCAUGUUUGGGAAGAAGAUGCGCAAGUGGACUACUUCGCAGUACCAGCAUUUGAUCAAGACCAAAGCGAUGUAG